CCGACAUAAAUAUAAAAACAGAUAAAUAAUACAGCAAGGAGCAGAUCAAGCUAGCAGCAGUGCUUUGAGCUAAAUGCUAAAGUUAGCAUGCUACUAUGCUGAUGUUUACAGGUACAAUGUUUACAGGUACAAUGUUUACAGGUACAAUGUUUACAGGUAUAAUGUUUACAGGUACAAUGUUUACAGGUAUAAUGUUUACAGGUACAAUGUUUACAGGUAUAAUGUUUACAGGUAUAAUGUUUACAGGUGUAAUGUUUACAGGUAUAAUGUUUACAGGUGUAAUGUUUACAGGUGUAAUGUUUACAGGUACAAUGUUUACAGGUGUAAUGUUUACAGGUGUAAUGUUUACAGGUACAAUGUUUACAGGUGUAAUGUUUACAGGUGUAAUGUUUACAAUCAGUAGUUAGGUAGGGUCUGUUUACAUUAGC